AGGAGGGAUCUGACGACUGUUUACAAAAGCAUGUGUUUGGUUAAGAGUAAUCUCGAACUUGUCCAGGAGAUACAUAUUUUAGAACGAAAAUAAGAAAGUAAACAAAGGAAAGCAUUCAACAUGGCGUGUUUCGUAUUUUCAUAAUAAUAUGUACAGCAACACGCUCUCUCGUGCGGAAUUCACUGCUGUUACAUCCUCAAUUCAUUAACAUUUUAUUUCUACGAACGUGUGCUUGAAAAAUACGAAACUGUUUUUACUGCAAACUAUUCUGGGUUAGGAGUGAUCAGUGAUGUUGUGACCAUCAAUGUGUUGAAAAUCUAUACAGAACCAACAAAGUUGCCAAGUUGGGCUAAAAUAAUACAUGAGACAAAAAUUUUGCAUUAGCAGCACUACCAGUUAGAAAUGGAUCAGAAAAAUGAGCAGGUCACCUACAAAGUUGCUCUCUACUGUCUCGAGGGAAAGCUGAUGGAGCUACGGAAAUUCACAAUGGAGAAAUCAGCUGCUGGAAAUUUUAUAAAUGUUCAUCAAAGAAUUUGCAAUGCAUUCCCAAAAAUCUGCAAAGCAAAUUCAACAUUUGACAUUUCCUUUUUAGACUCGGAUGGUGACAAUAUUACUAUAUCCACUGAUGAAGAGUUGAAGUUUGUUACCAGCCAGAAGGGCUCUGUGUGGAAGCUACAAGUUCAUUUAAGAAAAGAAACCUCAAAAGAAGCCAAUGCCUUGAUGAAUGGGAACAGUCCCCAGAAAGUGGUACACAAGAACUUCAGAUGCAAUGAGUGCAGCGAAGAAAUAUUAGGGAACCGCUACCGAUGUGUGGUGUGUUUGGAUUAUGAUGUAUGUGGUCACUGCGAACCAAACUCACACCAUGAGCAUGCCAUGCUGAAACUGCCAAAGCCCAUCAACAAUGUUGAAACCAUGGUGGCUCAUGUUUGCAGGGUUUUGAGUAUUCUUUUAUCAGAACAAGACUGCAGCCACAAAAAUUGCUCCAACUGCUCCAUCCGGAGAUCCUGUAAUGGUGUUCCUAAGGAAGGAUCCCUAAACAAAGCAAUUUUUAAUUUAGCCAAAACAAUAGAACAAGAGGUUGGGAUGUGUAACCAGUGUGGCGUGGUGAAGCCCCAAAUCAUUGAUAAUGGACAACUGUCCAAGAGUGGCUCAGCAAAUGCUCAAAAGUUUGUCCCGAUAGGUGGAUUGCAAAACAAACCAAAUAUGAAUGGAAACACUAGUGCCAUGAGACCUCUGUCGUCAAUGCCUAUCAUGCGAGUUUCACCAACGCGCCAGCCGAUUUCUGGUGGACCGGUGAUCAAUGCUGGAGCAAUGGUGGCUCAAGGGCCACCUUUGCACUACCAACCAAAUUUCUUCCCAUACUUGGGCAUGAGGCCCGCUGCCUCAUUAGCCCCCUCUGUGACAAUGGGUCACUUUCCUCAUCAUCCCUUGAUGCCACCUUUGAAUCAGAAUUUCUAUCCAAGUCAAUUGGAGGACUAUUUCAAUCCAUUCCUGCUUACACCUGCAGUGCCAUUGAAUGUGUCAUCUCACCAGGGAAACUCUCAAGCAAGCUCUCCUAAGAUAGAAGAGGAAAGUGUGGAUGUACAGAUUCAAAGAGCAGUCCUUCAGCUCUCAGCUAAAGGCUAUGUUGCGGACGUUGAAAAGAUGGGAGCAAUUUUACGAAGCGUCGAUCUCAAUGUUGAAAAAGCUUGUAAAAUUCUAGAUGAGGAGGACCAAUGAAUGAGAAUCUGAAGGAAGCACCUGAUAAGCAAUAAUUAGAAUCAAAACAACACCACUCUAAUCUCUAAGUUAAGAUGUGUUUAUAAAUAUGCUAGUUAUGUUAAGGUUAAAUUAGAAUCAUAUCCAUAGAGUUCAGAAGUAUUUUUUAUGAAUUAAUUAAUAUUCUCAAGAAGUUUUAAUGAGCAAGAUGUUCCUAUUUUUAAAUAUGUCUUACUACUAUGCUCAAUUUUUGCUUAGAUGAAACUAUAAACAGAAACGUUGUGAUUUUGGAAAUUGAACUGUGGCCUUCUCAAGACUAAACCAUUUACCAGUCACUACUAUAUUCAAUCAAGUCAAUACUAAGUCUAAG